AUGCAACAAUUCCACGGAGAUCGUCUUGGCGAGGCCGAGUCUGCCAUAACUGAAACACAGACGUCUGUCGACGAGAAGAGUACCGGUCUCUCUGGUACAGGCGACCAUCCCAGAUCGUUGAGUGUGACUUCGCAAGCUUUUAUUCCUCCCAAUGGAGGCCUCGAAGCCUGGCUGCUUGUGUUGGCAGGGUUUCUUGUGUUCUCAAAUACUUGGGGAAUCACGAGUACAUUUGGUGCUUUCCAAGCAUUCUAUCUCCGAGACCUCCUAUCCAAUGAAUCGGCAUCUGCGAUAUCAUGGAUCGGAAGCGUACAAGCUUUUCUUGUGGUCUUCAUUGGAAUCUUUGCGGGUCCGCUGUUCGAUAUGGGAUAUUUGAGAGUCAUGAUAUUGACUGGCUGUUUUCUUACCGUCUUCGGUAUGAUGAUGACCAGCUUGUCGACUUCUUUCUAUCAAGUAUUCCUCGCGCAGGGGAUUUGUGUUGGCUUGGGAGAGGGCAUCACUUAUAUCCCAUGUCUGGCUCUGAUAUCCACCUACUUCACGACCAAGCGCCCAAUUGCGAUUGGGAUCGCAGCUGUCGGUUCUAGUGUCGGCGGCGUGAUAUUCCCAAUCAUGUUUCGAAAACUUCAGCCACAAAUUGGAUUCGGCUGGACAGUCCGCGUUCUCGCAUUUAUCGCUCUGGGAUGUGCCAUUUUGAUCUGCAUUAUAUUGGGUCGACAUAAAGGAGAAGCACGCAAAGCCCGCUCAUUACUGGACACGUCAGCACUUCGUGAGCCAGCGUUCAUUUUCUGGGCCUUGUCUUUGUUCUUUCUCUUUUUUGCAUACUAUAUCCCUCUCUUUUUCAUCGUCUCUUACUCGCGAUGGGCUCUGGGCACCACCGAAGACUUUGCAUUUUAUAUGCUCGCAAUCACGAACGGAGGAUCGAUACUUGGUCGUACGGUACCAUAUCUGUUAGGACAACGAGUGAAACCGAUUUACACACUCAUGUUCUCUUCGAUCUUUGGUACGAUCCUCCUUUUCUCAUGGACUGCAAUUCACAGCUCGGCCGCAUUCAUCGUAUGGUGCGUACUCUGGGGGUUUGUCGCUGGCGUCCUUGUCACGGCACCGACGUCAACGACCGCGCAUCCGGUCCUUUCACCAUCAAUGAACGUUGUCGGAACACGUCUUGGCAUGAGUUGGAUGGGCUCGUCCAUCGGUUCAAUGAUAGGAGCACCAAUCGCAGGUGCAUUGGCCAAUGUAGCCACUGGUGAUUUCCUCCAUGCUCAGAUAUUUGCCGGUGUCAUUAUGCUUGUCGGUGCCGCUUGCUUAACCUGGCCCCUUAUUGCGAUCGAGCGUUAUGAUAGAGCAAAGCUGAGGGUUCAAUCUUCAUGUACAUCAUAG